AUGAGCAUGGUGGCUGUGGCAUGGGUGGGCCGUUGCGUGGCAGCAGGCACAGUGGCGACUGGAGCCGGCAUCGGGGCCAGAGCGCCAGCCCCAAUAAACAGCUCAGCCAUCAUUACUCAGAUCAACAACGAGAAGGCGCGGGGCCGCUGUGGGACAAAGGUGACCAGAAGUCAUCGCUUCUUAGAAGCCCCAAAGCGGGGCAUCUUCUACUCACUUUUCUGCUGCAUCUGCUGGGAUGAUGGGGAGGCCCUGCCCACCCACAGUGGGGCACCCUUGCUUGUGGAGGAAAACGGAGCUAUUCCCAAGGUGCAUGGUGGCCAGCAGACCCCAGUCCAGUAUCUGCUCCACGAGGCCAAGGCCCAAGACUCAGACAAGAUCUGCGUGGCCAUCGACCUGGAUGAGACCCUGGUGCACAGUUCCUUCCAGCCAGUGAACAGCGCUGACUUCAUCAUCCCGGUGCAGAUGGAUGGGGUUGGCCACCAGGCCUGUGUGCUGAAGCAGCCCCAUGUGGACGCAUUCCUGCAGCCAAUGGGCACACUCUUCGACUGCCUGCUGCUCACUUUCAGUCUGGCCAAGGAUGCAGACCCAGUAGCUGACCUGCUGGACAAGUGGGGAGCCUUCCGAGCAUGGCUGUUUCAUGAGUCGUGUGUCUUCCACUGGGGGAUAGUCAAGGACCUGAGUAGGCUGCGAGACUUGCGGCGGGGGUUUAUCUUGGACAACUCGCCUGCCUCCUACGUCUCCCAUCCAGACAAUGCCAUACCGGUGAACUCGUGGUUUGACAACAUGAGUGACAGAGAGCUCCAUGCCCUUCUGCCCAUCUUCGAGCAGCUCAGCCAAGUGCAUGACAUGUACUCAGUGCUCAGGCAGCCACGGCCUGGCAGCUAG